CCAAGAUUCCUUUAGAGGGACAAGGGUAUAGAUUCUUUAAUUGUUUAAUCUUUGUCAACAUGGGUAUUAAUUUUAAGAAUGUAGUUGCAUCUUAUAUUCGCAACUUCAACUUUACAUUAGUAUCGGAGUCAAAACUUUAUAUGAAAAACUCAAGAAAAGGUAUUAAUAUAUUAAAUUUGAAAUUUUAAUCUGUGAAUUAAAAGUAAACGUUGAACCUUUUUUUCAUGGUAUUUAAGAGGAUUUGGUUGGGCAAGGAGCGAAAAGGGAUUUAUCAUAAUUUUUUUUUGCAGAAAAUUACAAUAUAUAUACAUAUACGUGUUUAAACUCUUCAAUAUCCGUCACUUACUUUACCAAUUUUACACAGUUUUUCUUUCUCAUUCUUCUCCAAUUUUUCAGCGACAGUUUCAACCAUUUUCUUCCUAUAUUUCAAACUUUUGAUUCAAGAUCAAAGCAUAAAAACGAUCCUCAUACUAUGAAGAAAUUGGGGGAAAAGAAGGCCAAGAAGGAUAAGAGAAAAGAAGCUCUUGUUUCUAAGAAAAAAGGAUCUAACAGUGCCGGAGUUGAAGUUCCCGCUAAGAGAAGAAUAUUGGUUGAAGUUAUUUUAAGAGAUAAGCUUCCAAAGGAUUCAUUCCGAGUGGAAUAUGUUACCGGGAUAGCACAACAAGAUAGUGAAAGUUUGGAUUGUGGUGUAUUUGUAGUUGUCUAUACCGAGUACCUGAGCGAGAGAUUAGGCAUUCUCUCAUUGGGUAUUGAUGCUCAAUACCAUCGCAUGAGAUAUGUCACUCUUUUGUGCAAGUAUGGCUCUGUAAAGGUGGAGAAAGGAUACUUUAGUGAGAAUGACGACUAACCAAGGCCAAGGAGCAGCUUCACACCAAAAGAAAAAGUUUGUGCUUUACAUAUUGAGUAGUUGUUUACUUGUUUGCUAAUUGACUGUUAUAUAGGUUGAUGAUGUUAAUACAUGUUGUUAGUGUUUUUUUAAGAUGUUUUUCACAUCAUGGAUUCUACCUUAUCACCAACGAUUGCCAUGUGGCUAUUUCAGAUUAUGAUAUAUUAUUAUUUUAUUGUACAUUUUUGUUA